AUGGCACCCUACCAGAUAAAGAAAGGGGGCAGAAAUAAAACUGACGAUGAGGGCGACAACAAAGACGAUGAUGAUGGUAAAUACGAGACCAAAGAGAAGAAGGACGACGAUGAAGAUGAUGAUAGUGUAGGCGAGCAGGAGGAGAAAAAAAGGAAACAGAAGAAGAGCAAAGAUAAAAAAGGAGACGCUGAUGACGACGAUGAUGACAAGGACAGCGAGAGCGAUAAGAAAGGCAUCGACGACGAAGAAGAAGAAGGAGACGAUGAGGCAAAUGAGGAGGGGAAUGAUAAAAAGACCAAAGAAGAAGAUGAUGAUGAUGACGAGGAUGAAGAUAAGACCAAAGAGGAAGAAGAUGAUGACGAGAGGGGUGAUGACAAAAGUAAGGAGGAAGAGGAAGAUAAUGAAGAUGAAGAUGAGGAAGAGGAAGAUGAGGCUGAGAUCAACUACGAG